AAGAAAACAGUAGUCCUAGUUUAUUGUCUCUGCAAUAUAUGUUCUCAUCCUUUAAGCCACCUUCAACUUCCUUUUCUUUCCUCUUCUUUCUUCUUCUACUUAUAAUAACUUCCCAAUCCCCAAACUAUCAAUAAUUCUUGACCUUCCCCAAUUUGUACUGUUCUCUGUUUUAUUAGCCUAUUAAAGGCCUUGUUUUUUAAGAGAAAAUGGCGGAUGAAAACGUUCAUAAAGUGACAGAUGCUUUGCCAGCCCCAAUUACACCUCCGGCAGCCGGAGAUGGAGAGAGCCAAGCACCGGGAAUCGGCGCGGGAGUGUCCAACAUCGUCAAAAGGUGGAAAAGAGAAGAUAUGGUGAAGAGGGGUUCUUUACUUUUACAUGGUCUUGCCUUGGUUUUUUCAUUGAUUGCUUUCAUUGUCAUGGCUAGCAAUACUCAUGGUGAUUGGAAAGAUUUUGAUCGAUAUGAAGAAUACAGGUAUGUGUUGGCUAUUGCAAUUCUGUCCACAUUAUAUACAGGAUUGCAAGUUCUGAGACAAGUUCAUGAACUUUCAACUGGCACGGAAUCAUUCUCACGUCAAAAAUUAGCUUUGCUAAGCUUCUUUGGUGAUCAGGUGGUAGCAUACUUGUUAUUAUCAGCUGCAUCAUCUGCUGUGCCAUUGACAAAUAGGAUGAGAGAAAAUAAUGACAACAUAUUCACAGAUUCUUCAGUAGCAGCAAUUAGUAUGGAGUGCUUGGCAUUCUUUGCUUUGGCUGUGUCAGCUCUUAUUUCUGGAUAUAAGCUCUCAAAUAAAUCCCACAUUUGAUGAAAUCUUAAAGACAGUCUGAGUCUGAUUAUUCUGCCUAUGUUAUACAGGGACGGAUGCAGAGUUCCGUUACCGAUUCAUCUUAACUCAGUACUUGCGACGCGAAGCAUAAAUUUAUGUGAAAAAUGUACUAACAUUGUAACAAAUGGUAGGUCUGAAUCCACGACUUUAAAAAUACAGUGAGUUCAAUGCUAAGAACCUUAAAGGUUGAACCCAUAUAAUUUAAAUCCUGGAUCCGCCUCUGCGUUAUUCGUUCUUUGUUUUCAUUUUUCCCCCCAUGUACAUAUGUAUCAAAGCUACAGAGAUAUUGCCUGUUUGCUGAAAACCUGUAUGUUAAAAUUCAGAGUGUAAAUUGAUCUGUACAUAUAUCAAAGCUGCAGAGAGGUUAUUCCCUCUCCCCAUCUCA